UGAAAUUGAACAACAAAUCAAAUCACGUCACAAAUAAGUCCACGGAUUUUAAUUUACAAUUUAUUGCAAUUUAAGAUAUUGUUGUCUUUAUCUAUCAAGUGAAAAUACGUGAGAGCGGAUUCCUUAUCUGUCAUGCUAGAUUUUAAUUCGCACACGUAUGACGCAUAACUGCAACGCACAUUUUUCACCACUCAACACUCAACCUGUGCGUCUUUAAAAUUCUUUCUGUCAUAGAAGAACAGUUCUAAGAUUCUUGAGGAGCCAGUAACCACUGCUGCGAACAUGGCUGGAUCAGCGUUGCGGCGGCUAAUGGCUGAAUACAAACAGCUGACCAUCAAUCCUCCAGAAGGCAUUAUUGCAGGACCUAUCAACGAAGAAAACUUUUUUGAAUGGGAGGCACUUAUCACAGGACCAGAAGGCACAUGCUUCGAGGGUGGCAUAUUUCCUGCAAAAUUACACUUUCCUCCGGACUACCCAUUGAGCCCACCUAAGAUGGAGUUCACAUGUGAGAUGUUUCACCCAAACAUAUAUGCUGAUGGACGUGUGUGCAUAUCAAUCCUGCAUGCGCCUGGUGACGAUCCCAUGGGCUAUGAGAGCAGUGCUGAGCGAUGGUCGCCUGUACAAAGCGUGGAGAAAAUACUACUCUCUGUCGUCAGCAUGUUAGCUGAGCCAAACGAUGAGAGUGGUGCCAACGUUGAUGCCGCCAAAAUGUGGAGGGAAGAUCGAGAACAGUUCAAUAAAAUUGCUGAGAAACUGGUCAGAAAAACCCUGAGUUUGGAAUAGUUACUAUGCGAUAACAUUAAGAUCCAAGUUUAAUCAAUUUUCUGGGAGAUAGCGGUUCUAACUACUUCAUUCAAUAAGCAAUAUGUACAAUAAAUAUAAAUCCGCUUAGGCCUGCAUGCCAUUUUAUAAAACUACCUAUAAAAAUAUAAUUUGGAAAUGGUCUAAAUUAGGUACAUUCGCUCCACGAUGAGUAGAUAUAUGGUUAAUAUUAUAAAAUAAUGUUUUAUGGAAAAUAAUAAUUGAGCCACUUGACUAUUCUUAUCGUCUUACUAGUGAUCUAUUACUCCCUUGUUUAACACCCUGGUACUUAUUUAUUAAACAGGGAGUUAAUAAUAAUUUACACAAGACAUUACUAAUAAACAAUGGGUAGGUUAAGCAACAGCUACGAAAUUCAGAACUAGAUAUUAAAAAAAAAAGAAAAAUUUGCAAAACGCAUGGGGUACACAACUGGUGGCGUAGAAAAAUCAACGAACCGAGACCCAAUCACUAAUAAAAUUUUAGAAAUUGUAUGAAAAAAUUAGCAGCUUUCCUAGUAAGUCUGCUUUAAUGAAUAAGAGUGUUUUUUGCAUGUCAUCCAAGAUAUACAACAGUUUAAAUUGUUGUAGUUCGGCAAUUAGGAACAUCAACCUGUUUAAACAGAAGAUCGAAAGUUAUCUUAAUAGGGUUAAGAUAACUUUCGAUCUUCGAUCGAACACCUAACCUUCGUAAAUUCGACGAAGACGCAGCUAAAAAUUUGCUAUUAUUUAUUGGUGUGGUAUUAUUAUAACCAUACAUUUUGAGACAUUGAAUUCUUUUUUGAGGGGUACAGCCGAACGUUAGGUUUCUAGGGUUUGACAAGAUGUACUAUUCUGUGAAAAUGUAUCUUGAGGAGAAUACUAAUGGUCAAUAAUAGUUUCGUGACAUUUAUAAUUGACAAUUGCGUUUUGAUAUUGUUAUAUCUAAUAUGAAAUUAAAAUUUUGACUAUACCAAAUAACAAUAAUUCUAAUUUCCUUGGCAGAAUUAUUGCGUUCUAAAUUAAAUUACAAUUCCUUCUAUUUAAUGUAGAUACCUAAUUUUAUUUUAUAAUUUUUAAUGAAUGAUUUUUUAUAUCAUAAGAUAUAUUUGCAUGCCAGGUUGAGGCAAAAUGUGGAGAAACAUAUAAACUUCGUAAACACCUAUAUAUACCUGUACCCAUGUUUCAAGAAAAUAUUGACCGAAUUAGUGUAAUAUGACAAAUGUAAAAUUUUGGUGACAAGGAAUAUAGUUCCUGUUAUUUAUUAGUAGUGAAUCUGCUACACAUACGUUAUACGAUGUUUGUUUUCGAUCAAAAUAGCAGUCUUGAUAUUGAAAGAACUAUUUUACUAUUAAUAAAGAAUAAUGAAAGCAAAGCUCUUAUUAAAAUGUUAUUAAUACACUAGAGAAUCAUACACGCCUGCUUUACGAGUUCCUGAAAUCAUAGAUUAAUAGUAAUUUCGUAUAAUUAUUCAUUGAAAGACAAAAGACAAUAUUAAAAUUUUGUGUGUCUACAUAGUCCAUACUGGAUUUUAAUAACAUUUUAAAUAGAAUGUCUUAAAUUGAAACAUGAAAAAUGAUCUAAUAAACAUAAGGCGACGACGUAAAAACAAACCUGUAUUAAAACAAGACGUAAUGCAUAUACUAUUCUGUGAUAUGUACUCGGAUAUACAAGUUGAUGUUACGAAAAUGUAGUGGAAUGGAGAAGGCCAAGCACAAAAUUAGAAAGAGACUGACCACCUAGUCACCUACUGUCUCUUUCUAUUUCUUCGUUCAAUAUGGUACAUUGUGAUAAUUACCUUACCAGGACUGUUAAACAGUGACCAAUCAGAAAGGUAUGUAAAGAGUACCAGAGUUGUCAAACAGCCUUUUUGUGACAGCAACUUUUAUAUCUUUUGUGACAAUAGUAACAUUGUAAAUGUUCAGUCCAGUUUGUAAAUCAGUAAGUUUGUAAUGUAUUUAAUUGUCUGUAUACUUAGUGCGAGAUUCCUUUACAUUGAACGAAAACGAAACUAAAACUUGUUCAGCGCUCUGAUUGGUUGGUUUAUUCGUGCCGGCCAAUCAGUACAUUACUUCGAAUGUUAACGUUCAAUUAGAGAGCCGUUCGUUUCGUUUUCGUUUAACGUAAAGCAAACUGCAUAGUAUUUGAUAAACAAUUUUUUUAUUAAAUCUAGUUUAUUGUCAAAGCUGCCACUAUGUACUUAUAAUAUCAACAGAGUACUUGUUUCAGCCUCAUUUUCGUAUAGAUGAAAGUCUAGCAUCAUUUGUCAUUACCAUAAAUUAGCUGUAGGUACUGCCCUUCGGUGUGAAAUUAAUUUCAAGUUACUUACAAAUAAAUUGUGUACUUAUCAGUUACUUUUGGGGUCAUUUAUAAUUUUCCAUAGAACAGUUUAUACAUAUUUAUACAUGUAGUGAUAUUUAUUAGCAGUUUUUAAUAAAAUGUUAUCUGUAAAAUGUUGUUUUAUGGAAUUUCAUCUCGUUGUAAUUUAAAAAGACAUUGUUAGGUAUGGAUGUAAUGUAACAACUCUACUAUCAUAGAUGUUUAUAAUUAAAUUUGUCUAUUUGUGGUUUGAGGAAUUCCUUCGAGGUUGUUCUAUUUAAAGGCUUUAUUCAGCAUUGCCUUAGGAAAUGUAUACCUACAGAUUUUAGUAUAAGAUGCAUGUCAAACAUAUUUAAAUCUGUCGUUGAAGUAGAAGAAUGUUAAAUGAAAUAGAUAUCUAUAUUUUACUAAUAUUGUGUAAAAAUAUUCGUGUUAUAUUGUUGAUACAUAAUAAACUUAGUUUUGAUACGAAUAUGGUUUAUUUUGUAAUACCUAAAUUACACGAAUAUUUGUACAAUUACACAUAGUGUGGCGUAUAUGAAGCGAACGACUGUUAUAGAAAUUAAUAUAUAGGUGUAUUAGUUAUUACAGUUUGCGCCAAGUUUUACAUAGUUGGUAGAAACAUGAUGUUUGUAAAAUUGUAUUUACUGUUUCAUCAGAAUCAAUUUCCUCGUACGAUUAAGACAAGAUUUAAAUGAUGAAUAAAAAUCUAUUUUACAACUAUUUUCAAUAAUAUAUUCAUAAAUAGUGCAUAAUAAUUGAACCAA